AUGCGGUGGGCAACAGUGAAGACUGUGUCUGGAAUAUUUUUACUGAUAGAAUUGAAUGACACGAAGGCCCCCAAAUUGGCUGCUGCUCUGCUUGCACAGAUUUGCCGGUCUGUGUUGUUUGGGGCACUGCACUCCCGUGUCUAUCAGAGUGGCAAAAACUUUGGGUGCUUUGCGUUGGGGGCUGUCCACUGGUGUUGCAGACAAAUGGUGUGCGAUCUGGUAGUCCAUGGUGGCAAUGGAUGCCUUGCAGCUUUGGUGGUGGGGAGACUGGGGCGCAGGCUGGUGUUUGACGCCACCACAUUGUUCACGGUGCUGAACCUGCGCGUUUUGUGUUCCGAGUGGGAUGGGCAGAGAGGAUGUGGAUUGACUGGGGGCACAUAUUUUAGGGAAAUGGCAUUGACAGGGCAGAGAACUCACAGACAAUGCCUUUUCGAAACAUAUAGAGACAACAAAGCUAGGCUGUGGAGCCAUAUUGUGCCACAGUGCUGUCGCAAUAAUUGGUUGGACUGGCAGGUUGCAAAUGCACUGGGUUCAUUCACCCCAAGCGAGGUUUGCAUGGUGUGA